AUCCGAUCCGUUUCGUUUCGUUUCAACAUCUGGCAAAACUGGCAGAGCGGAGCGCAGCUAGUGUUUGGUAUCAGCGUUUACACCUGUGUGGCCUUCAAUCGCUCGCAGCUGCGCCCGCACCUCCCCGCCCCGCGCCCAAAAGGAGCGACAACUGCGGCGCACUUGCUUUCCUUUGUGUGUUUUGGCUGCUUCGGCUGCUCGGACUGCUUGGGCCUAAAUCAAAGAUCUCCGUCUCCUCGCACAGCACACUGGUGCUACACGGCCCGCAGCCCACAGCGCAUAGCUCAUCCAGUUGGCGAAGACAUGCUGUGGACGGUGCACCUGGACGGCGGGCCACAGCGGGUCAAUCACGCAGCGGUGGGCGUGGGCGACUUCAUCUACAGCUUUGGUGGGUACUGCACUGGAUACGAUUAUCGCUACAAUGAGCCCAUCGAUGUGCACGCCCUGAAUGCGCACACAAUGCGCUGGACUCUGGUGCCCCAGCAGCUGGACGCCGCGGGUGUGCCACUCAAGUAUCCGCUGGUGCCCUUCCAGCGCUACGGACACACGGUGGUGGCCUACAAGGACCGCAUCUACAUUUGGGGCGGCCGCAACGACGAGAAUCUCUGCAAUACCCUCUACUGCUUCGAUCCGAAGACAGCGCAGUGGUCGAGGCCCCAGGUCACUGGCUGUCUACCCGGGGCGCGGGAUGGCCACUCGGCAUGUGUCAUUGGCAAUAGUAUGUACAUCUUCGGUGGAUUCGUCGAUGAGAUCAACGAGUUCAGCAGCGAUGUGCAUUCCCUUAAUCUGGACACCAUGGAGUGGCGCUAUGUUCAGACAUUUGGCGUGCCGCCCAGCUACAGAGAUUUUCAUGCGUCGGUGGCCUACGAGCAGGAGCGCAUGUACAUCUUUGGCGGGCGUGGCGACAAGCACAGUCCGUACCACAGCCAGGAGGAGACCUACUGUCACGAGAUCGUCUACCUGGACAUGAAGACCAAGGUGUGGCAUCGACCGUUCACGGCCGGCAAGGUGCCCGUUGGUCGGCGCAGCCACAGCAUGUUCGUCUACAACAAGCUGAUAUAUGUCUUCGGUGGCUACAAUGGCCUGCUGGAUCAGCAUUUCAACGAUCUGUACACCUUCGAUCCGCGCACCAAGCUGUGGAACCUGAUACGGGCCAACGGCAAGGCGCCGACGGCGCGACGGAGACAGUGCGCCAUUGUGAUCGGCACUAGGAUGUUUCUGUUUGGCGGCACCAGUCCGAGAAGCGGCUCCUCCAGCUCACCGGCAGCUGUUUCACCCACUCAAGAGGCGGGCGGAGCCGCAGCGGUUGUUGGAGUUCUACCGCCCGGUGUGGCGCUUAUCGACUACAGCGAUCUGCAUGUGCUCGACUUUGAGCCCACUCUGAAAACCCUGGCCACCAUGGUGGUGCUCAAGCACCAGCUGGACAUCUCGGGGCUGCCAAGGAGCUUCCGCUCGGACCUGCAGAUGCUGACACAGCCGAACAGUAUUAGCCGGCCCAUCAACCAAGCCGGCUAGCGUCCAAAGCCGUAAGGAAUAGGCCGGAGUCGACUGCCACAAAAUGGAAUGAGGUGGAAAAGGGUGUAGCAUCGCGGAGCCACUAGUCCGGCUCUUUGUAUUUGAGCUCGAAUAACAUUUACGGGAGGGACGACGAAUGGAGGACCUGAGCGAACGAGGAAGAAGCCCCAGUAAUUACAAAAGUUUUAGAAACUUGCUUUUGGUACUUCUGAUAGCUGCUAAAUAAUACACAAUAAUUAUGACUAUUUGAAUAUAGAAUAUAGUUCAUGAAACAUUUA